CGCGCAGUGAGCCCGUGGCGCGGCCCGUCAGGCGCUGCGGUAGGCGCCCUGGGGGCUGGCAGGACCCUGGCCCCAAGAUGGCGGCGCCCAGCGCAGUGGCUGCUGCUACCUCUGGCGAGAGCGAUGGAGGGGACAGCGGCUUUGAAUCGUGGCUAGACGGACGGUUGGAGGCGCUGGGAGUGGACCGAGCCGUUUACGGUGCCUACAUCCUGGGUGUCCUUCAGGAGGAGGAGGAAGAGGAGAAGCUGGACGCUCUGCAGGGUAUCCUCUCUGCUUUCCUGGAAGAAGAUUCCCUUCUUAACAUCUGCAAGGAGAUUGUGGAACGAUGGUCGGAAACUCAGAAUGUUGUCACCAAAGUGAAAAAAGAAGAUGAGGUCCAGGCCAUUGCCACCCUCAUUGAGAAGCAGGCGCAGAUUGUGGUGAAGCCCAGGAUGGUGUCAGAAGAGGAGAAGCAGAGGAAAGCUGCGCUCCUGGCGCAGUAUGCUGACGUGACAGACGAAGAGGAUGAAGCAGAUGAGAAGGAUGAUUCAGGUGCCACCAUGAUGAGCACUGGUUCUGAGAAAUCUCUGUUUCGAAACACCAACGUGGAAGAUGUCCUCAAUGCCCGAAAACUGGAGCGAGACUCUCUUCGGGAUGAGUCCCAAAGGAAGAAGGAACAGGACAAGCUGCAGAGGGAGAGGGACAAGCUAGCCAAGCAGGAGCGCAAGGAAAAGGAAAAGAAAAGGACUCAAAGAGGAGAGCGAAAGCGAUAACCUUGGUCCACUCUAUUCUUUCUCCUCAUGAACUUGGUCAAAGGGAGAACUGGUUGUACACUUGUGUAUUUAAGAGAAAUGAGAAAACAUUGCAAAAGUGGUUUCCCAAGGCAUCUCCCCUUUUGUUUACAUGGUCAAAAGGAAAAUCACAAACACUUCAAAUUACAAAAUGUGCCAUGUCUCUGUGGUGUGGGUAAACAGAUUAUUGUAGUUGAUGUCUGUACCAAAGAUCUGGAAUGGGGGCAACCUUUAUAUUUUAAUACUUAAGUCCUGUACUCCUUUUGGCCACUUUAAAAAGUCUUCCCUCACCUGGGAUAAAGAGCAGGAAUAUUCAGAAAGCUGACAGUUUUUGUCCUGAAGGAGCAGAAUCAUGACCACUCCUUCCCUGGGAUGAAAUGUAGGAGUGUCAAUUGCUUCAGAAGUAGUAUUCACCCCUAAAUGUAUUGUUUUAUGGCUGAAAUAGGAAGCUGAUGAAGAGCCCUACCUGAAUCCAGACUUUAUGUUACAUGGCAACAAACUGAAAAAUGAGAAGAAGUUAUUUGGUGGAUGUUCUACAUUUGAGAUUUUUUAAAAGUUUCAGCCUAUGGUAGGAAACAAAGUGUCUUUUAAUAAGAGAUAGUUAUAUAUUUUUCCUCAUCUGGGCUGUGAUUUUAAGAAGGAUGUGUCAGUAUUGAGUGUAAGGAUAUCAUUGUUAGCUAGAUUCAUUUUUUAUAAUCAUGAAUCCUCUUGAGUGCUAGUAGAGAUUUUAAUCCUGAUCUGCCCUAAAACAUAUAAGGACCUGAUAAUUACAAGUUUAGAGAAACCCUUUUAAGGAAGAAACACUGGAAAUCUCUGCUAACACAAAGAUAUUUAAGAGUGUACAUAGUAGGUGCAACAAAUUUAUUGAAUGAGUGAGUGAAUGGAAAAACUGCUUGGGAGAGUCAAAAGUGAGUAGGAACUCUCCUCCAUGUCUUCUUUUGUCACAAGCCACAUUCGGUUGUAAAUAGGCCUUUCCCUACUUCAGGCAGUAGACUGUCAAGAAGCCUGAAGACAGCAAUUCCUCUGUCAAGACAGAAAGUAGAUAUUUUAUACCAGGGGUGGGCAAACAACUGCCAGCAACCAAAUUUUGCCCAGUCUGUUUUUGUAUGGUGCAAGCUAACAAUGGAUUUUACAUCUUUAAAGGGUUGUAAAAGAAAGAAUAUGUGACAGAGACCUUAUGUGACCUUUAAAGCCUAAAAUAUUUACUACCUGGCCCUUCGGAGAAAAUGUUUGCUGACCUCUGUUUUAUACCAUUAACUAGGAGAUUAACAAAUAUUUUUACCUUUCUGCAGAAGGUAAAACGCAUGGUUAAGGAAACGAUGUGUCACCUCUAUACACUCCUAUAACCGUGGCAUUGCAAAAUUUUUUUUAAAAUAACCACCUUUUAAAAAAAUAAACUAUUUAAAUCACUGUC